UUUUUAUUAGGUAAUUUUAAUUUCUCUGACAAGAUAUACAUGGAGAUUGUGUCUUCGCAUUCUUUUAUUUGAUAUUUUUACUGAUUUCUGAAUAAGUUGUAAAAGCGAAAUUUAUAUUAAAUAUGCAAUGCACCUUCAUGUUGUUUAUAACUUUAACAAUGUGGUUCUGCAUUGAAAAUGGCUAGUACGGCCCUGUUUUUAACGUCAUUCAUAUUAAAUGCGUCAUUCAUUCAAACGUCAAAAACGAGAAGAAGAAAUAGACGUUUAGGUUAUGUUGUGAUUGUUGUGAUGUAGAUAUUUUUGUUGUACAACAAAAUAAUGAUUUUAUCAAUUUAAAUAAUCUACUUCAUAAUAUAAUUCCAUCAAACUGCUAGAAUUAAAUUUGUCGUUAUAUUGAAUGGAGGAUGAAAUUCUGCCUUUUGAUAAGGCAAUAUUGCCACUCAGAUACAAUAAUAAAGAAGAAACUAAUCUUACAAUGAAUCAAGAAAGAGCAGGCAAAAAUUCUGUGCCAUAUUUUGCAGGUACACCUGAUCUUGUCCCCCUUCUUUGGCCAGAAAAAUCUGAUGCUACUAGUGAUUCAGAAAUGAUUAGUCAACAAAGUCAAACGGAAGCUCAAUUAGAUAAGUUAUUAGAAGAAAUGAAAUCAUACAGACCAGACAUGGAAAUAUUAGAAAAUCAAAAUGAACAACGAAGGAUACCAAAGAAGAAAACAACAAUUAAACAGUUGUUUACAGUUGCUAGCAAAUUUCAGAAGAAUCUUCGUAGGGGUGUGUACCUAGCAUGUAUUCUCUACCAUGAAGACAGAGUGCUUGUAACAAAUGAAGACUUUAUGCCUGUGAUUGAAAUUGAUGAAACAUUCCCGAGUUCCAUUUACAAUGAUUUGCAUUGGCUAAUGAAGAUUUCUUGUACUUGGAACGAAUCUAAACUCAUUAGGUUAGAAAUGGAGAAGAAUGUCUCUUCAACAAUACAUUUCCGAUCCAAAAUGCUCUCUGCUGUCAUACAAAUGCAGUCGUCUCUUGGUAUUCAAGAUUUAGGUCAGGUUUAUUAUAAACCUUUAAAAGAUACUCGUGGCACCAUGGUCUUGAGUUCAGUUAAUUAUAUUAAGUCUCCAAAAAGUGUAUCACUUUUGAACUCUAGAUGGAUACCAACCAAUAAAUUGUAUAAGAAGAUUGUACUCAGUGAAGAUCUUAAUUUAUCAGAAAUACUAAUGGCGAGUAUACAACAACAAAUUCUGUAUCACCAAGUUUCUACUUUGAAAUUAAGUAAAGGUCUGUAUCUGGCAUAUUUGAAGAUGGAAAGUUCCGUUGAUGCUAUAAAAAUUGUUACAAGUUUAAAGUCGCCCAAUAUGCUACCUCAUUGCAAGAUUAGAGACAACCCAGAUGUUACUCAUGAAGAAUGGACUUAUUUAAAACAAAAUUUCUGCAUAGAAAUUAUAGAUACAGGAUCAGAACAUCAAAAGACUUUUCUGGAAUUAGUGACAAGUGCUUGCAAUAGACUGUUUAAUUAUAUGGACAUAAGUGGUGAUGUUAUCAUCAAUCAUCGAAUUUAUGAUUCUGAAAUUAUAAACCUCACAGAAGAUGUUAGUUUUAUGGUACUUUGUCCAUCUGCAGAAUUGUCCUGCUCUAUACCUGCCAAGAGAGAAAUUCUACUACAAAGAGGUGAUUUAUUAAGUUUACCGCUUCAGGUAUUUGAAAUGAUUCAUCUUAGUACUUAUAAAACAAGUAUUACUAAAAAAUAUGCCAAAUUAAGCUGCAUAUUGGAGAUUGAUUCAAUAACAGCCAAUCAUCUUCACCGAGAAGCUUUCUCUAAUAGUGAAUUAUUGAUAGCCAAAGAAAGGGUAUUUAAAUUGCAAGAAUUAGAACAACGAUUGAACACUAUUUGGAAAAGUGUUAGAUGGUUGAUGAACGUAAUAUGUUUUGCAAGAGAUCGAGCAGCACUUGGAAUAUCUAUAAGAUCUAUUUUUCAAAGAGUAUCACCACCUUUUGGUAUGCCCCCACAAACACUCCAAGUUGUACCGGAGGAAAAACAUUUAAACAAAUCAUUCGGAAGAGGAUCUUGGCCUGGCCCUGGAAAUUUAGUUUCCACAGAUAAUCAUAUAUGCGAAUUUAGUAAAAGUGAGCAAAAUCUCAAAACAAAAGAAUUUGUUAUUGAUUCUCAUAAUGAAAUAGAAUCGGGGAAUAUUAAUAAAGAUAUUAUCACUGGAUCAAAAAGUGAAAAUAUGUUAAUAAAAAUAAAUAUUAAUUGCAAUCCUCAACGGGUUAGAGCAAACACAAUUUGUAAUAUCUCCUCCAAUAAUACUUUGAAGGUUAAACAGUCAGAUAGUUUAAUGAGCAUUAAUCAAUUGGAUGUUCCCGAAAUACUAACUAGCACAUCUAGUCUGGGCAUGGACAAAGACAGUAAUUUGCAGCCAUUGCUACCGCAUACAAAAAGAAAAAAAUCAAAACUGGUUUCUUCUAAAAGUAUGACGAAUGUUAAACAGACUUUAAAAUUGAACAAAUUCAAAUCUGGCCAUUCUAAUUCGGUGCAUCCAGAUACAGAAACGAUAUUAUCCAAAAGUCUGAAUAAUAUUAAUACAGAGCCAGAUGUCAAUGGUGAAGUAAACGACGAAUUAGAGCACAAGAAGGUAUUUAGGACUUCCAGAGGAUUACGCCAUCCAUUUGGAAGAAAUGAAACCGGGAUUCUGCAAGUUUUUGCAGCAUAUGAAACUGGUCUAGCAAGCGGUACUAGUUUGAAAUUACAUGUAACGCCUCGAACUACAGCGCGGGAAGUUGUAGAUUUGGUAAUAAAACAACUGAACAUGGCUGUCAUUCUUAAAGGCAAAGAGGGUCCAGUGUACAAUCCAGAUAAACUUAAUAAUUUUUGUCUUGUAGCGGUUAUAGGUGCUAGGGAGAGGUGUCUUAGAGACGAUUUUAAACCUUUACUGCUUCAGAAUCCUUGGAGAAAAGGUAGACUGUAUGUUCGGCAAAAGCAAGAUGUUCUUGCUGCUCUUGAACAUAGUAGCAGGCAUAGUACAAUUAUUUAAUAGAAUAUUAUGUAGGUUUCAGGUCAGUGCAUGCGAAAGUUUGAGAAAUUUAUUUAAUUCUCAGAUUUAUUAUAAGAAAAUGAUAUUCGUUUUCGAUAUUUUAUUAUAUUUACAGAUAAACCUAUUUUUGUGGUUGUGGAAAAUAUAAAAAAUACUCAUAAAAAAUGGAAGUAUUCAAUUUUAGACUCAUUAUUAUCGAUUUAUAUUACUUAUUUAAAAAUGAUAUCAUAUGGUUUAUAUGGAAAACGUUUUUUAAUAAAAAACAACUUUUAUUGGCCUGUGUAAUAUUCAAAGUCAAACUAAUGCAUGCAUUGGUUCUUCUAUUGUAAAUAUAUAUUUGACAAAUUAAUUUUAUUUACCAGUAAUUUAUUGCCAUGUGCCGGAAUUUUGAAAGCUUUAAUACAAACAUUCCAAUUAAUCUGAUUUUUUUGUAGACUGCAAUUUUAAUAAUUUUAAAUAGUAACUCAAUCAAUUUGUAAUUUCCUUUAAACAUUUUUUACAUUUUAAAUUAUCUAGAACUUGUAUAUUUAUAUUUUUACAUUAAUUUUAUCUUCUUAUAUUAUUUUUAUUUUAGAAAAUUUAUUUUUUUUAUCAAUUACAUUCCAAUUUAUUAAUUUUAAUCAGUAUUAUUCCGCAAUAUGGUCAUGGUAUACAUAUAAAUAUAUAUUAGUUGCUAAGUGUGAGUGUAUGGUAUUUUAUGUAGGUAGUAAGGUAAUUUAGAAAGAAAAUGUGAUACCUUAGAAUUGUUACCCCAUAUCUGUAAUAAAAUAUUUCUAUUUUUGUUGUUAA